GCCGCAUCACCACAUUUAAUUUAUAUUCAUUGGUUUUACCUCUGUGGGCUCCAGGAAAAUGAUGAUUGGAUUAAGUCACGUGAUUUGCUCUGCUCUGAUGAUUAGCAUCUUAUUACAAAGUGCUCUCGCUUUGUUCUCAGACUCUGAAAAAGUGAAAGGAUGGACAGCGGUUUUCCAACUGUUUGAUACUAAUGGUGAUGGAUAUAUAACAGAGACAGAUAUGGAUAAAUUCUUUCAAGAGUCUGAGUAUGCCAGUAGUUUUGAAGAGAGCGCCAGGGCAAACAUUUACAAGUUGAUCAGGGAAAACGAUGGCAAAGUGAAUCUAGACAAGUUCCUUAGCGUCGCGGGAAGCUGGCAAAAUAAUGUAAUAUCUAAAAAUAUAAUUUUAAUAAACAUUAUUACAUGAAAUAUUUUGCUGGAUAGGGGUGUCCACUUUGUCUAGGUUGA